AUGCGCAGCUCUCUCGCCUUCGCCCUGGUCGUGGUGGUGCUGGGGUGCCUCGUACCGGCAAUGACGCACGCCUACUCGACAACGUACACCGCGCGUAGCGCCGGCUCCGGCGCCUUUGCCUUUGACCCCCUCGCGGCCGACUUUUGCAAGUUGCAGGACGCGGCAUCACACACGGCUAUGUCGACCUCGGCCUCUAUUCAAGAGGCUCUUCAGAGCGCCUAUAAACGGGAGGGAAUCAGCGGCAACAUCCCCCUCGGCGGCAUGACGGAGCAGGCGGUGUGUACUGGAGCGCAGUGUGAAUGGCGGUGGUACCGCGGCCUAUUCCGCACCACCCGCCCGUUGUUUCUGCGCGGCGUGAACUACUGGGGCGUUAACGAUGACACAACUCCAGUAGACCAGACCACUGCUGUGUCGGGUUCUUACACGAACUUCGACACCAACUACCCGCGCUCCUGGGGUAACCUGAGCUACUGGGGAAAGCGUCUGGUCGUAAUGCAGCCGUCUGGCAAGUGGGUGAACACGGAGGUGUCAACCUCCUUUACCCACUUCCUCUGUGAGUACUACGUGUACGCCGACUCCGAUGGAGUAAAUAAACUUGUGCCCACCUUUCCAGGUGGCAGCGCCAUUCCCAUUGUCAGCAGCUCUGGCCACACGUACACGUACUGCGGCAAAGAAGUCAAGGUAGACUCGCAGAGCCGCUGGAUCCUCCCGAAGUGCGACGAAAAAUUCCCCUGGUGGGGCGGCCUCGCCCUUGCUGUCGGGUGCUAUAUCACUCUCAUCGCUCUCAUCAUUGCCAUCUGGUGCUGUUGCUGCGCCCGCCGGCGCAGAGACGAGGAGCAGCGCCGCCGUAAGAUCAUCGGCUCCAAAUACGAUAACCAGGGCGCCAUUCCGAUGCAGUCGGAGCUCGGGCUGAGCCGCCACAGCACUUUCAUACGCGGCAGCAUGUACAGCUCCAACAACUCCGAGUCUGAUACCGAUACGUUCUCUUUGCGCGAGUAG